CGUUAGAGGUGUCUCUAAAUAAGUCUUAACAUCAAUCGAUGUAUUAAUGUUAAUAUAUUAUUCAAAGCACCAGCGGUGAUUCGUGGUAAAUAUCUUAAUGCCACACUAUAAUCGUACUUUGCUAAUCUGAUAUAAAUUAAAAUGAAUUAUUAACUGGGUAGUAAAAUGGCGGAUCGGCUUACACAAUUGCAAGACACCGUUAAUCAGCAAGCGGAGCACUUCUGCAAUGCAAUUGGUGUAAUUCAACAAACGUCCCUUCCAAGUAAAUUUGUUAAUUUUGAACGCAUUGGACCCCAAACGCCAAUCCCGUGUCCGCCGCAAGAAGACUAUGCCCAAUUAUUUGCACAGUUAAUUGCACGAUGUGCUAAAGACAUCGACACCCUAAUUGAGUCUCUUCCAAAUGAAGACAGCUCCAUUGAACUCCAAAAUUCUAGCCUUAAAAGGCUCGAGAUCGAAAACCAGGGAACUGCUAGAGACCUAGAGGAAGUAGUGCAAAGAGGCGAACUAUUGCUAGAAAAAAUGCAAUAUGCUUUGGAAAGCAUGGCUCAGGCUCAAUUAGAUAUGCAAAUAACACUCAAACAUGAUUUACAAUAAUCACAUUUUUGUAUAAAGGCAAAAUUAUUUUUUAAAUUUAAGAUAAUGUAUUUAUUGCAUUUUUGUUCUUUAUGUUUACAGAUCAAAUGGGUUCUAAUAUAUACAUAUUGUUUUUAUAAGUAAA